ACAGACUUGUGAAACAUGUGGUUUCCAAAUGCAGUUAUAUCCUGACAUAUCAGCGAUUAUAAAGCCAACACUAUUAAUCCUUUGUAGCAGUUUGGUGUGAGAACUGCAGUAGUAGUCAUGGAGUGUGACUUGCAGAUUUCCAAUCCAGGGAUACUAGAUACUCUGAAUCUACCUUAUGAGAGGUCUUUUCCUACUCCUUAUGCAACUUCCCCACUUCUGCCAUUGCUUAUUCUUUCUCUACUGAGGCAGCGUAUCGCUCCGAAAACAACGACAACUAUCCAUAGCAAGUAUGAUUACAUUGUUGUGGGAGCCGGUGCUGGAGGUUCAACAGUGGCCGCUCGCCUUUCUGAAAUACCCAGCGUGAGCGUUCUAGUGGUGGAGGCCGGGCCGUCUCCACCUGCGCUCAGCGGUAUACCGGGUAUCUCUAGAUAUUUCGUUGGCUCUGAUUUGGAUUGGAAGUAUCAGACUGUACCUCAGAGGAAUGCAGCCAAAGCUAGCGUUAACAGGCAAAUCUAUUUUCCAAGUGGUAAAGGUCUUGGAGGAAGUAGUGUCAUAAGUGGCUCAAUCUAUCAAAGAGGUAAUUAUAAGAUUUACGAUGAGUGGGCAGCUCAAGGUGCAACAGGUUGGAGUUUCGAGGAAGUGUUUCCGUAUUAUCUGAAACUUGAAGAUAACCGGAAUCCCGAAUUCGUAGAAAACGGUUAUCAUUCUACUGGUGGUCCUGUAACUACUGAAAGACCAAGAUAUAAUUCAGAAUUAAAAAGUGCAAUUUCAGAAACUGCAAGACAGUUGGGUUUUCAUAUUGUUGAUACUAAUGGACGUCAACAAACUGGUUUUAGUGACUUCCAAGCAUACACCAGAGAUGGGCAGAAGCAUAAUUCUGCAGAGGAAUAUCUGGUUCCAGCAGAAAACCGCACAAACUUGGAUAUUUUAGCUAAUGCUCAAGUUACUAAGAUUAUAAUAAAUGGCCACCGCGCUGUUGGAGUUCAGUUUGACUACGGUGGCUCUACGUAUAGGAUCCAAGCCAGGCGUGAAGUCAUCGUGUCUGCUGGUACUGUAAAUACUGCGAAACUUCUGAUGCUCUCUGGAAUAGGACCUAAGAAUCAUCUGCAGAGUUUACAGAUACCCGUUGUUGCAGACUUACCUGUGGGAAACAAUUUGCAGGAUCACAGUGCUUCGAUGCUUCCUUACCUGCUGGAUCCUUCUUUCCUUUUACCUGAGCAAAAACUCACUAAUCUCGGAUAUCUUGAGGAAUACUUAAGUAACAGAACAGGUCCCUUGUCUUCUCUCCAGUUUCUUGCAAGUGUAGCGUUCUUUCCCAGAGACACUGAUCCUCCAUCCGUGGAUAUCCCGAGUCACGAGCUGCAAAUAUUUGAAUUGCCCUUCUCUCUCAAGGAGCAGUUAAACCAAUAUCCAGAAAUUUAUGAGCAAUACUUUUCACCAUACGAGGGUCUACCAUCAUACUUGUGUGUCUCUAGUGCUGUACGACCUAGAAGUCGUGGUAUUGUUCGAUUGAGGACAGCUGACCCUUAUGACAGUCCUAUCAUUGACCCCAACUAUUUCGGAGAUACCAGAGAUGUGGAUGAUGUUGCUCAAGGUUUGAGGGAUUGCCAAAUAAUAGCGACAAGCGAAGCUAUGCAGAAAAUAGGAUCCAGGCCUUUAGAAACCAGUUUCCCUGGAUGUGAACAAUUUUCAAAGGAUGAUAACAGCUACUUUAAAUGCAUAGCGCAGUCUAUAAAUAUUGCAUUCCCCCACGCUGUCGGAACAGCUAAAAUGGGAGAUCCAGACGAUCCCACAACAGUUGUAGAUCCUCAGUUAAGAGUUAAAGGAGUUAAAGGACUGAGAGUUGUGGAUGCAUCCGUCAUGCCCAUCAUACCAACUGCAAAUACUCAUGUUACAACAAUUAUGAUUGGUGAAAAAGCUGCAGAUAUGAUCAAAGAAACAAUAGAUUGUCCUAUGUGCUCAUAUGGAUACUGAUAAUUCGAAUUUUUUAACAUUGUUUUGUUUUCUGAUCUUUUUGGAUUUUUAAAUCUAGUAGUAAUGAAUGAUGAAUUGAUGUG